AAAACUGAUACCGUAUCUUAUCUGCUUCAAAAAUCGCAUGAGACAGAUGUCUUAAAAAAUUGUGAAAACUUUAAUGGAUUCGCCCCGAAAUUAGUAGCUAUCUAACUGUCCGAGAUCUUGGCACUUACCUUCCACUCUAAAAGCCGAAGAUCAAUCAUACUUGACAACCAAUUUAUCUGAAAGAUAUGAUUAAUUUUCGGAACUCAACCAUUUUGUGCUGUUUGUUGAUACUGAUUGCAUCUUCAUGUUCCUGUUACUCGGAGGUUUUGAUCUCCGUUUCUCCGAAGACUUUAGUGAAAAGCGGUGACUCGGUGACGAUAAGGUGGUCCGGCGUCGAAUCUCCGUCGAAGCUCGACUGGCUCGGGAUUUAUUCCCCGGCCGAUUCCUCCCAUGACAAUUUCAUCGGCUACGUGUUCCUGUCGUCUUCGCCCGGAUGGGAAUACGGGUCGGGUUCGAUUUCCAUCCCCUUGGUCAAUCUCCGGUCGGCCUAUCAGUUCCGGAUCUUCCGGUGGUCUGAGGAAGAGGUUGAUGACACGCGCAUGGACGACGAUCAUAACCCGUUGCCGGGAACUGCACAUGUGCUGGCGGAGUCGGAAGAGGUUGGAUUUGAGACGGGUCGGGGCCCGGAGCAGGUUCAUUUGUCACUGACGGGUCAGGAUGGGGAGAUGCGGGUCAUGUUUGUGACUCACGAUGGGAAGGAGAGUUUUGUCAGAUACGGGUUGGCCCGAAAGAACUUGGAUCAGGUAGCGGGUACUCGGGUCGGGAGGUAUGAGAGAGAACAUAUGUGCGGUGCUCCAGCAAAUCAGAGCAUUGGAUGGAGAGACCCUGGGUACAUGCACGAUGGUGUUAUGGUCAAUUUGAAGGAUGGAAGGAAAUAUUUCUAUCAGGUGGGAAGUGAUACAAGGGGAUGGAGCAACAUUUACAGCUUUGUAUCCCCUGAUCGCAACUCAAAGGAGACAAUUGCCUUCUUGUUCGGUGACAUGGGGACUUCAACACCUUACAAUACCUUCCUGAGAACUCAAGAAGAGAGCAACUCAACCAUCAGGUGGAUCAUUCGCGACAUCCAGGCUGUAGGUGACAAACCAGCAAUGAUCUCACACGUCGGGGAUAUUAGCUAUGCCAGAGGCUACUCCUGGUUGUGGGACACCUUCUUCAACCAGAUUGAACCGAUCGCGUCCAUGGUUCCCUACCAUGUUUGCAUAGGCAAUCACGAAUACGAUUGGCCAACGCAGCCCUGGAGGCCAGAUUGGGCUGUCCCGAUUUACAAGCAAGACAGUGGUGGUGAGUGUGGGGUUCCCUACAGCCUCAGGUUCAACAUGCCCGGGAACUCCUCAGAACCGAAUGGCGCCAUUGCUCCUAUUGGAGGAAAGGAUUAAAAACAUAUUUAAACCUAAAAAUAAUAUAUGAGCGCAUGGCAUUUGGAUGACAGGGCUCCAAUGACGCAAAACCUUUACUACUCACUGGACGUUGGAGCUGUUCACUUUGUGUACAUAUCGACAGAGACAGAUUUCCUCCCAGAAAGUAACCAGUACAGGUUCCUCAAGGAAGACUUGGAGUCGGUUGAUCGGGGGAAGACACCAUUUGUGGUUGUUCAAGGGCACAGACCAAUGUACACAACCAGCAGCGGCCACAAGGAUGCUCCCGUUAGGCAGAGAAUGGUUCAGCACUUGGAGCCUCUUCUUGUCAAGAACAGGGUCAGUCUGGCUCUAUGGGGACAUGUCCACCGCUACGAAAGGUUUUGCCCUUUGAAUAACUUCACAUGUGGAAACCUGGAGAUGAACGGUGAUGAUGAUUGGAAGGCUUUCCCUGUGCAUGUUGUGAUUGGGAUGGGAGGACAGGAUUGGCAGCCUGUAUGGGAGCCAAGGAUUGACCAUCCGUCAGAUCCCGUUUAUCCUCAGCCCUUGAGGUCUGAGUUCCGGGCGGGGCAGUUCGGGUAUGCAAGAAUUGUUGCUGACAUGGACAAGCUGAGGUUUUAUUAUGUGGGGAAUCAUGAUGGGAAAGUGCAUGACGUGGUUGAAAUCAUGGCUCCAAAUCGGCUGGUUGUUGACUCUGGUGCUGCCUCACUUUAUGAUGAUUUAUAAAUUGUAAGCUCUGUGACUUCUUGUCAUUGAGACAUUGAUGAAUAAUAUCAGGUGGUCACCAAGUUUAUCUUAGCUCGACUUGUACCGUACAAAUAAUCUAGCAAUGCUUGAUGCUCUUCUAUGGGGGAAAACGGAAAAACUCAAGUUGAAGGCGAGAUGUGGAAAAAAGUGGGCAUGGUGUUCACGGUGUGUAGUAAAGAGCAAUAUAUAGAGAUGAAGAGAAAAGGUAUGUGGGAAAGAUAUGAACGCCUUGUAUGGUGUUUGAGCAGAUAUGGAAUUGAAAUAUCAAGUUCUUUUUAAAAAUAAAAUAAAAUAAAGUGAUAGUUACACAGUAUUAUUUUGGGUCAAGUUCUUUUCAUUUUUCAACGAGAGAAAAGGGGGAGAACUCUUCGUUAUAGGCUGGCUGCAUCUUUUUGCUGAAAAUGUAGCACUUUUCUUGAAAUUGCUUUCUAUUGGAUUUAAUUGAUUAAUGAAAAAAGAACACAUAGGAGAAUC